AUGCCCUCUGCAACCCUCCCCGUGGCUCACCUCCCCAUCAUCGACUUCUCGCUAUUUACCUCGGGAAGUCCCGAACAGAGACUGAAGACUGCCCGUGAAGUGGUCGAUGCUUUCAAGACGGCCGGUUUUGUGUAUCUGGUGAAUCAUACGGUUCCAGACGAGCUGGUUGACGAGUGCUUCCAAUGGAGCAAGAAAGUUUUCCAGCUUCCCCAGAGUGAACUGACGCGAGAAGAGGUCAUACGUCCGCAACCAGGCAACGGGGCCAAAAGCUAUAUCGCGCGAGGCUACACCCCCGUCGGGCGGGAGAAGGUCUCUCAGGACGUGUAUGCCGAUGACACGUUGAAGUCACUGCGUCAGGUCGAGGACGUCAAGGAGCUCUACGAUAUUGGCGCGGAUAAGGGAGCUCCUGCGGUUCGAGAACCCAACCGUUUCCCCCCUCGCCAUCUGUUGCCAGGCUUCGAGGAUUUCAUGAUCAACUUCUUCUGGCGCUGCCACGAGUUUGGCCUCGAUAUCUUCCGAGCCAUCGCCAUUGGCCUGGGCCUUGACGAGGACUAUUUCGUCAACUUCCAUCAGGAUGCGGACCACCUGUUCCGGCUGAUUCACUAUCCGGCCGUGUCGCGAAAGGCGCUGGCGUCUGGUCAGAAAGCCCGGAUCCCUGCACAUUCGGACUUUGGCUCCAUCACCAUCCUCUUCCAAGACCAGGUGGGCGGUCUCCAGGUGGAGGAUCGAAAGAACCCGGGGAGUUAUUUGCCGGCUUCUCCUAUCAAAGGGUCAGCCAUCGUCAAUAUUGGCGACUUCCUCAUGAGAUGGAGCAACGACGUUCUCAAAUCCACCCUCCAUCGGGUCAUUGAGCCACCUGCAGACGGGGAGCAGGAGGCCGAAGAGGGUAACGAAAUGACACAGGAACGGUUUUCAGUUCCCUUCUUCCUUCAAGCGGACCGCCACAAGAUGAUACAAUGUGUCCCUGGCCUAGAGGGAGAAACCGGCCCCAAGUUCCCUCCCAUCACCGCAAUGGAGUACUUGGCUAUGAGGACGGACGCCACGUUCAGGAAAUGA